UCCAGUUGCUUUUCCAUCCGGGUAUUCUCAUAUUGGGCCUUCCAAAUCCAAAUUCUGAUCAAUCCUACAAACAAUUAUAAUCCCCUUCUCAAGUUUUAGCCUUCUGGGUAUCGCUAAUUCACCCUAUUCUUCAAUUAGCAACCUUUCAAGUUUCCAGAAGAGGGAAGCAUCAUCUUAUUUCUGGCUUUGGUGACUAAGGAGGAGCCAUCACUAUCGUCAUAUCACUCAAGAAAGCUGCCAGGAGUUUCUGAGUGGUUAAAUCAAAAUUUGAAAUGGAUGUAAAAGGCAUUGCUUGGGUUGGGCGUUUGUAUGAAAAGUUUGAAACUAUGUGCCUUGAAGUAGAAGAUAUUAUAUGUCAGGAUACUGUUAAAUAUGUUGAGAAUCAGGUGGAAGUAGUUGGGGCAAGUGUCAAAAGGUUCUAUUCUGAUGUCAUGCAAGAUUUUCUUCCACCAUCUGAAUUGAAUGAUGAGAAGGUGGCAGUUUGUAAUUCGGCUCUUGACAAUUAUGAAAAUGUUGUUAUAUGUAAGAAACCAAUGAUGGGAAUGAAGAUAGAGCGAUCAAAAUUUAAUGAAGAAAAGUCAACUGAGAACUCAAAAGUAACUGCUGAUACCAAAAGAGGUAUUGUCCAUAAGCUGCCACGUGGACAUAACCAUGCCAAUGAUCAUCCCUACUUGGUAUCUUCUCCAUAUUCUGCUAAUAGAUCCCAAAUUGAUGGGUAUUCCAGAAAAAAAGAUGAUGAGAAUAUACAUCAUAAGCUAGACCUUGAUGGUAGAGAAUCUACAACAAAAGGAUGCAAGUCUCUAACUGAGACUUCUCCAACAAACAUUGAGAAGAAAUAUGAAAAUGAUGCAUCAUCAUGCUGUGCAGUCUCAAAUAGAAAAUCCGAAGCUUCGAGCGAGCUGGCAGGUAAUAUGGAACCCACGUCGGUUAAAGACACAAGAUGUAAUUCAGUGAUGGAAAGUUCUAAUGAGACUGAAACUAAAUCUGACAACAUAUUAUCUGACAUUUCAUCAAAUUCCAUUGUGGACACUGAGAAGGAGACGAGACUUCUAUCCUAUGGUGAUUCAUCAGCAGAGUUGGAUGGAAGAUCAGAUUCUUGGAGUCUAGGUGAAAUUGAGCUUGAACAUGGAACAGACAACAUUGAACAAGCAGAUGAAGUAAAACUGGAUGAAGAAGCAUGCGUCUUAGUGAACAGAGACGACUUACGUUUUGAUUCCAACGAAGAAGUCAAACAAAGACAUUACAAGAAGAAGUUGGCAGGAGCAUUUUCUUUCACAAAGAAGUCAAAGAGGAAGCAAGAAUACAAAGAGCUUGCGGUGAAGCAUCAUGGCUUUGAUACAAUCCCAAACCAGCAACAUGAACAGAAACUACCAGCAGAAGACGUCUCAGAACAUGAUUGGCAGCUUCUCUAAGCUUGGAAUCUGUUGAAACAGAUGCCACCAUGGUUGUUAAUACCCUUGAAUGGAGACAGUUUGUAAAAAAAUAAACCCCAUCCCCUGCUUGCUAAGGUGAGAAAUCUAUGAAAACAAAUAUCAAAAUCUCAUUGUGCAGAAACAUUAUCUAUCUUCUUUGAUAAAAGUGGCAAGAGCCAGUGGUAGUCUCUGAGUGUAUCAUGGGUAAUUAAUUCUUAUAACCAUGUUACUUGGUAGUUAUGAUGAAUGUUUGUGCAGAGUCUUUCAAGAUUUGA